UCUUGAAGGUUAAAAAAAAAAAAAAAAAGGGUGGAGGAGGCAAAACAUUCGGGUGCAAGCGUAAAAGCACUUCUUCCCACUCACACUCUCGCUCUCGCUCUCGCUCUCGCUCUCGCCAUUCAUCAUUAACCAUACAAUUCCUCUAAUCACACAAUGGAUCUCCUUCACCAAUACGCCGACGACGAUCCCGACUCCCCCUCCGAAAACCCUAGCUCCCCGCCGCGCCUCCUCCCGGGGCGCUCCGCCGCCCCCAAGGUCGACGACACCAUGCUCGCCCUCACCGUCACCUCCUCCUCGGCCCUCUCCAGGCCCAUCGACCCCACCCAGCACCUCGUGGGCUUCAACCCCUCCUACGACCAGCUCUGGGCCCCCAUCCAGGGCCCGGCCCACCCCUACGCCAAGGACGGCAUCGCCCAGGGCAUGCGCAACCACAAGCUCGGCUUCGUCGAGGACGCCGCCAUCGAGCCCUUCCUCUUCGACGAGCAGUACAACACCUUCCACAAGUUCGGCUACGCCGCCGACCCCUCCGCCAACACCUACGUCGGCGACCUCGACGCCCUCCGCCACAACAACGCCGUCUCCGUCUACAACAUCCCCCGCCACGAGCAGAAGAAGCGCCGCAUCGACAAGAAAGCGUCCGAGGAAGACGCCGACAACGACAACGACAACGGCAACGACGACGACGACGAUGUCGCCGGAGAGAUCGAAAACCCGGCCUCGGAAGCGUGGCUGUUGAAGAACAAGAAGAGCCCCUGGGCGGGGAAGAAGGAAGGGUUGCAGGGUGAGUUGACGGAGGAGCAGAAGAAAUACGCGGAGGAGUACGCCAAGAAGAAAGGGGAAGAGAAAAGCGGUUUCGGAGGGGAGAAAGUUGAGGUUGUUAAGGAUAAGAGCACUUUUCAUGGGAAGGAAGAGAGGGAUUACCAGGGUAGGUCUUGGAUUGCACCUCCCAAGGAUGCAAAAGCUAGCAAUGACCAUUGUUACAUUCCCAAGAGAUUGGUUCAUACUUGGAGUGGACACACCAAAGGGGUUUCUGCUAUUAGGUUUUUCCCCAAGUAUGGCCAUUUGAUUCUCUCUGCCAGCAUGGAUACCAAGGUUAAGAUUUGGGAUGUUUUCAAUUCUGGCAAGUGUAUGAGGACUUACAUGGGGCACUCCAAGGCUGUUAGGGAUAUUUGUUUCAGCAAUGAUGGGACCAAGUUUCUGAGUGCUGGCUAUGACAAGAAUAUCAAGUAUUGGGACACCGAGACGGGGCAGGUGAUAUCGACUUUCGCCACCGGGAAAAUCCCUUAUGUGGUGAAGCUUAAUCCUGAUGAGGAUAAGCAGAAUGUUUUGUUGGCUGGAAUGAGUGAUAAGAAGAUUGUUCAAUGGGAUAUGAAUACUGGGCAGAUAACUCAGGAGUAUGAUCAGCAUUUGGGGGCUGUGAAUACCAUCACCUUUGUUGAUAACAAUAGGAGAUUUGUUACAUCCAGUGAUGAUAAGUCACUCAGGGUGUGGGAAUUUGGUAUUCCUGUGGUGAUAAAGUAUAUUAGUGAGCCCCACAUGCACUCAAUGCCUUCCAUUUCGCUUCACCCCAAUGCCAAUUGGCUCGCCGCGCAGAGCUUGGAUAACCAGAUACUUAUUUACAGCACCAGGGAGAAGUUCCAACUUAACAAGAAGAAGAGGUUUGCUGGACAUAUUGUGGCUGGAUAUGCGUGUCAGGUCAAUUUUUCUCCUGAUGGACGUUUUGUCAUGUCGGGAGAUGGUGAGGGGAAGUGCUGGUUCUGGGACUGGAAGAGUUGUAAGGUCUUCAGAACUCUCAAGUGUCACGAAGGUGUUUGCAUUGGUAGCGAGUGGCAUCCCCUGGAACAGAGCAAGGUAGCAACUUGUGGCUGGGAUGGGAUGAUAAAGUACUGGGACUAGUUUCUCCUGAUCAAUGUGAUGCCUGUUGCUGGAAUCAGUUGACAGAAGCAGGACAGAGAAAGGCACUACUUGGCAACAAAAGCAGAAGAAACAUAUUGGAUUCACAUGUUGAUAUGGUCUUCCUUGGUUAAAAUUUCAAUGCUUUAAUUGAAUAUUCUGACGAGAUUUCUCUUCACUUGAUCAUGGUAUUGCCACCAAGAGUUACGUGCUAAUUGCAAUGUUGUAGUAUCAGAACAGAGAAAAAUUUUGCCAUGUUUUUUAGAGACUUCUGUAUAAUAGUCAUUUUAAGUUAGAUACUAUUAAUCCGUGUGAAAAUCCUCCUCAUGAUGCAGUUUAAUUUAGUUACGUUUUCUGCUAGGGGUUGUGCAUACAUUGUUAUUGGUGGGGAUUUUCAUCACUACCAUGAUAUAGAAAGUUUGGGUUCAGGAUAGUGGACCCUGCGAGA